GAAAAUGAAGGUUAUAGUAGGUUAUUUGGGGCAUGCGUGGUCAAUUAUCAUCUGUCAAAAAGUUUGGUUAUGAUGGCUUCGAAUUUGGCCAAAAAUUUCGAAAAUGUUACAAUAGAUGACCAAGAAUUUGCCGAAAAAUGCCACGAAUUGGCCCAAGCACUUGAAUCGGGUCAAGUGACCUUGUUACGCCUUGUCGAGGACCUAGGGGGGCUCCUUAUCGAUACGAGCCCCAAGGGGCGCGAGCUGGGCAUGUGGGUGUUGACACGUGUCGUCGAGACUUUGCCCCCCGAUGUUUUGGACGAAAAUCAAUUAAAAUUUUUAAAUCAGUUUUACACGGACCGGCUUAAGGACAAUCAUUUUGUGUUACCGGCCGUUUUGCGCGGUUUUCUCGCCUUAAUUCGGUGCGAGGGGGCCCCGAAAGGGGGCCCUGGCCCUUUUCUCGUCCAACUCUUCCACAAUGUCUCGUGCCAACAACAACAAGAAAACGACAGAUUAGCAAUUUAUCAAAUUUUCGAGACUUGUUUGGAGAAAUUUUGGCCAGAAUUGGAUGAAAUGGGGCCCGACUUUGUCUACGGUGUUAUUUCGGCGGUUGAUGGCGAACGCAGCCCCAAAAACCUGAUUUUUCUCUUUGAUUGGUUUCCGAAAUUUUUACGAAAAGUCAAAUUGGGGCACCUGGCUGAGGACGCUUUCGAAAUCCUGGCGUGUUAUUUCCCUGUUGAUUUUAGGGCUCCGCCACAGGACGAAAACGGCAUAACUCGAAAUACCCUCGCUGAAAAGCUCGCCUUUUGCCUCGUUGCCGUUCCACAAUUUGCCGAAUUCUCCCUUCAAUUAGCGUUAGAAAAAUUCGAUUCUUCGCUUGAAAUUGCUAAAUUGGAUUCGUUACGACUUAUUGAACUAUCAUUUGUUACUUUUGAUAUUUCACCAACCACAGUAUGGCCACUCAUACAAAAAGAACUGUUCCAAACGACAAAUCCAGCAAUUGAAAAAGCCUGUUUAACAACAAUGACAGCUGUUAUUAAGCACACACGUGACCCAAAUUUGACAGAAACGGUCAAAGAUAUCUGCGAUACAAUCAAAGGAAAUUUUUUACCCGACUCAAAAUUAUUCCAACCGUCGGCACGUUUGAUAAUCAGUGUUGCCAACGCAUCGGACAGCGUUGCCAACCUCGUAGCGCGUGAAACCGUCCCCAUAUUAACAAACAUGUAUAAUAUAGCCAACACAACGGCUGAAAAAACACCAUUUUUGCGCCUACUAACCGACUUGUAUGCACUUGCCAGCGAUUUAGAAAAUCUCGGGGAAGUACCGGUUUUACUUGUAAAAUCUGACUCACCAAUCGCUUUUGAUUGUUUACGUGACAUUUCGCCGAAACUACCCGAAAAAAUCCGACUUUUACUUUACCAAAACUACGUCAAGUUGUUACAAGUGCCACAAGAAGGCGCUGUCUUACAAUGUCUUGAAGCUUUAGCACGGGAUUACCCGAACGAAGUGGCUACGCACGUGGUCGGUAAUACAGAAAACUAUACUCCAUGUUUUCUAGACGCCUUGUGUGUGACUUUGGCAAAUCAAAAAUUUUUCACGGCCCAUUUAAUCGAUUUAAUUUUGAAAAAUUGUGCAAUAAAAACAUUACAAAAAGUUUUAAUCAAAUUUGACGAUUGUGACGCGAUUUUUGACGUUUUAAACGCACAAAAUAUCACCCAUGUGUUGAUCGAGAUGGCUUUGACUGGUGAUACGUGUCACGAAACGAUUGCAUUUGUUUUGAAAAUUGUGAUUGGUCGAAUGUCGAGCGAAAAACAAAAUGAAAUGAUUCGAAACGAAUUAAGUCGAAUUAAGAUUGAGGAUAUUUUUUUACUAAGCGGGAUCUUGACUUGUUUAAGGCGCGAUGUUGUAAUUAAUUACGAAAUUUUAAGCGAAUUAAUUGAAUUUAUAAUUAGGGAGAGGGAUAAUUUGAGACGUAACGCAGCUAUAGAACUGGUUGCAAAUAUUUUGAACAAAUGUCCCAAUGAUGAUGUAAUUAGGGAAUUUUUGGAACGGGUUGACACUAAAACCGACCCCAUUCUUACGUCAUGGCUCACCAAGGCCUUAAUUAUGCGUAAUCACGAAUUAGGCACAUUCUGGACCACAAAAUUAAUCGAUUAUUUGGAUAAAGAUGAAAGUAUAGCUCCGUGUUUUCGCACAAUUAUGUCCAAUUCGGAGUCUUUAAGUACCAAAAGUCAUUGCAAUGUUGCAUUUUUGUACCAGCAGAAGUUUUUUACGAUAGUUACGAAUAAAUUAAGUGCGAAUUACAGUCCAGACAAGAAUUCGUAUUUAUCAGGCCUUGGAUAUUUACUAGAGUUCGCACCAAAACCGGCCGUUUUAGUCCAAUUUAGAAAAAUUUCGAAAUUAAUUAUUUCGUGUCUUGACCACACCACCAAUCAUGAGAUUCUCAUUGUAAUUUUGCGAUUAAUUCGCGAUUUUAUCACAACUAAGGAACAAGUUAUUGAGGAAAAUUUGGGGAUUUUUUUGGCAAGAUUUCUCAAAUUAGCAACUUAUGAUAAAUCUAUGAAAGUGCGAAUUUUGGCCCUCCAGUGUUUACAAGAAGUCACUUCUAAGUUUCCAAUUUUUAUGCUUUUGCCUCACAAAAAUGACGUUUUAAAGGUUUUAGGACAAGUAAUCGAUGAUAAGAAACGAAUUGUACGAAGGGAAGCAGUGGAGGCGCGCUCUAUGUGGUUUUUGUUAGAUUUUGAUAAAUAAAUUUUAUUACAUUA